UUAUGACUGAACUCUGAACACCCCUUCCCUCACGUGCUGCUUUACCCCGUUCCCUAACCCUAACCCUAGCACCCUCUUCCUUGCACCGUCACUCCCUCACCUCACUCGUGAAGGCGCGGAGAACCAGUUGAAGGCUUGAAGCCACCCCGACGCCGGCGAAGAGAGUAAGAGCAACAAUGUCUGACAGAGAAGACAACGCCCCCGAGGAAUUCACAACCGAACAGGGUAUACAACAAGACGAAGAGAUUCGGAGGAUUCAAAGAGAAAAUAAGGCCAGGGUUGUUCGUGAAGGAAAAGAGCGUAGGAGGAGAUGGGCCCAAAAAAUAACUCCUCGACCAUCCAAAGCUGGUAAAAAAUCUGAAGAUGUAGAAGACUCUGAACCACAGCAAGAAUCAAAUACAGCAGCAGGAUUUCUUCCUGACAACAUUGUCCAAAUGCUUGCAGCUCGUGAGAAACAAGUUUUCUUAUCUGACAACAAUGAGGAGAAAGAUGAAAUAAAGCCUACCACUUCUAGGAAGAGAAAAUCAAGGAAAUCAGGUUUGAAACCUGUUAUUUUGAGCGAAAUAGGUCCUCCUCCAUGCUUAAACAGUGCCUUAGAUUUCUUGAAGAAGAAGCAAAUGUCAGUUCAAAGAUCUUCUUCGGUUUUGAAUAAUUCUAACAAAGCAUUUCGUCUCCUUUCUCGGUCAGGGGUGCUUCGCAGUAAAUGAGGAUUUUUAUUUAUUUAUAAACUUUUUUUUUUGCCAAGUGAGGUUAGUGUUGCAAUAUUUAUUUUUAACCUGUUAGCAUUGGUGCUGCUGUUGGUCUACUGUACUGUGUAACCUAAAGAUAUCCUUAAGUUUUGUUUGGAUUAGAAGUAAAAUACAAACAAAAUGAAAGAGAAAUUUGAACAAAAUAGUUGUUUGAAUGGAUGGAAAUAUGAAGAAAAAAAGUGAAUAUUUUUUUUUCCUGUU